CUGCUUCUUCUUCUUCUUCUUCCUCCAAUACUUGAAGUCUUUUGGACUUCAUAGUGAUAGGCAUGGCUUCGGGUAAGAGGGAGAUACUAUUUGUGGCCAUGGCCUAUAUAUUCCUUGUUGUGUCAACUGGGGCAGAAGGAGAAGCAGAAGCAGAUCGAAUAAUUAAACUUCCAGGACAACCCAAAGUCUCAUUUCAGCAUUACUCUGGCUAUGUUACUGUUAAUAAAGUGGCCGGCAGAGCUCUUUUCUCUUGGCACACUGAAGCAGUUUCUCUCCCUGAGUCCAAACCUUUGGUCAUUUGGUUCAAUGGAGGGCCUGGUUGCUCUUCGUUGGCUUUUGGAGCUUCGGAGGAGAUAGGCCCAUUCAAGAUCAAGAAGAAUGGGACGGGUUUGUACCUCAAUAAGUUCUCAUGGAACACUGUAGCCAACCUACUUUUCAUUGAAUCUCCGGCCGGCGUCGGCUUCUCUUACACCAACACAACCAACGCAACGUCCGAUAUCCUCAACACAGGCGAUCAACGCACUGCAACGGAGGCAUUGGAAUUCGUUAUCAGAUGGUUGGACCGGUUUCCACACUACAAACAACGAGAUAUUUAUUUGACGGGAGAGAGCUAUGCCGGGCAUUACGUACCCCAAUUGGCCAAAGAGAUUAUGACAUAUAAUUCAAGGACUAAGUAUCCUAUAAAUCUCAAAGGGAUAAUGGUUGGUAACGCACUUAUAGACAACAACCAAGAUAACCUUGGCUUAGUCGACUACUUGUGGACCCAUGCCCUUAUCUCUGAUGAAUCGCAUAGACAGCUACUCAACAAAUGCGAUUACCAUACAAAAAACAACGGUUCGGUUGCGUGUAAAUUGAUAAAUCAAUACGUCGCGAAAGAAAUUGGACAAAUUGAUCGCUACAACAUAUUUGUACCUAGAUGCAUCAAGUCAUCAAGUGGCACCAAUAAUGCUGCCCAAAGGAUCUUGCAUUUGCCUCAUCUACUACCUUUUUCGAUUCCCGGACAGAUGGCAGGAUUUGAUCCUUGUACAGAAAAUUAUGCUGAGAUUUAUUACAACAGACCAGAUGUGCAGAAAGCCCUCCAUGCCAACACAACUAAAAUCCCUUAUAAAUGGAGUGCUUGCAAUUGGGAUCUAAAUCAACAGUGGAAAGACUCAGAUCUUUCGAUUCUGCCAAUCUACAAUGAGAUGAUUGCUGGUGGUUUGAAAAUUUGGGUGUACAGUGGUGACGUGGAUUCUGUGGUGUCGGUUACUUCCACCAAAUACUCCCUUGCUCAGCUUAAUUUGACAACCAAAAUUCCAUGGUAUCCAUGGUAUGUGAACAACCAGGUGGGAGGAUGGACAGAGGUAUAUGAAGGGCUAACCUUUGCAACAGUGAGGGGGGCAGGUCAUGAAGUCCCACUUUAUAAACCCCAAGAAGCCCUUCAGCUCAUCAAAUCAUUUCUAAGUGGGACACCUCUACCAAAAUUAUAG